AUGAUGCCAAAGAAGAAUCCAACAAAGAAGAAAAAGAAAGACAUAUUACUCGUCCUCGAUUUGAACGGCGUGUUAUUUGAUCGACGCCGACGGACCAGAAACAGCAAUAAGACUAGUAAACCAGAAGAAGAAAAAGAAGAGUUGUCAACGAUAUUGGGAAAUUUUCAAGUGUACAAUCGCCCACACCUGGAUGGUUUUAUAGACUUUUUGUUGGAAAAUUUCACAUGCGCGGUGUGGUCGAGCGUGCAAAAGCACAAUCUGGAAAUGCUCGUCGAUCACGCCUGGGGAAAGGAGAGGAGGAAGAAGUUGUUGUUCGUGUGGGGACAGGAUAAGUGCACGAGCGUCGGGUUUUUCGGCGACGGGUUGAAACCGGUGUUUUUGAAAGAGACGAGGCGGCGAAUCUUUUGGACGCACACCAAGAUUUUACUCGUGGACGAUUCGCCGUAUAAAGCUUUGAAGAAUCCGCAGUUUACAUCCAUUCACCCUCGAGAAUGGAUCGCGUUUGGUGAUGGUGACGAAACAAGGAAAAGUGGAUAUGAAGACGACGAUCUCUCUGAAAACGGGAAACUUCGCAGAUAUUUGGAGAAAGUAGUAGAGGCGAACGAUGCGAACGUAUCGCUGCCUCGCUUCAUACAACAGACGCCGUAUAAAAAUGAAAACAAAGAAGACGAAGAAGAGGCUGAAAAGUUGGCUCACGUCAUGCGUUUAUUAAGCGUUGUUUAA